AUGUUUUUAGUUGCAUGUGAUUUAAUGAUGCAACGUCUAAUGAUUAAACCGUAUUAUGAUCGUGAGACUCCGUCCGGCCGAUAUGGUGUACGUAAUGUUAUUGAUUCAGUUUAUCAUAAAUCCGGUGAUGGGGGUCUACGCGGUUUUUAUAAAGGUUACUUAAUUACAUUAGCAAUUAAUGUACCCUUUUCAUCGGUUAUAUGGACAUUGUAUUGGCGUAUACAGCAUCAUUUAGAAAUAGUAUUAACACGAAAAUAUGAUUAUAUAACGUCGCCUCUAUCCGGUAAGAAAGUUUCCAAUCAAUUAGGAAUGCGAAAUCAAUCAAUAUGA